GUCGCAAAAAAAGUUCCCAUAUUUUGGUUCGCCAAAAUUCUCAGCACCAACACACCCAGAAGUCAUCGCAAAGGACACAACGCUACUUCAAUACCUCUGUUCAUUUUCCUGAGAAGUACCAAAGAGUCUCGGAUUAUACCUACAGAAAACCCCGAAAAACAAAGAUACCCAGCCAGUACUUCCAACCCGAACAACACAUCAACACAAUGUCAGAAGCCGCCGCAUCCACCGCCUCGUCGAUCUCGAACGUCAAGAAACGCAUUCGUGAUCUUUCCCGCUCCCUCGAGAAGGAUAAGGAACGGUCGCAUCUCCCAGCCACCAAGCGUAAUGAGAUGGAGCGUGCCUUGAGAGCCCACGAGCUGGAGUUGGAGGCGUUGAUUGCCAACCAGAAGAAGAAGGACGAGGAGGGACAGGUCAAGCAGGCCCAGGAGGCGGAGAAGAUCAAGGCGGAGAGCGAGGAUCAGAGGAUUGAACGGUUGACGGAGGCAAGGAGGAUGCAGGAGAAGAAGGAGAGGAAGAAGAAGGGCAGCUGGGGAAAGUACAAGAUGGUGCGGUUCUUUGAAAAGCAGAAGGCUGAGAGGAAGAUCAAACAGUACAAGAAGAUAAUGAGCGAGCCAAAGUGUACCGAGGAGAAGAAGAAACAAUUCACCGAAAAGCUGCAACAGGCGACUCUCGAGCUGAAGUAUAUCAUGGACUUCCCGACAACAGAGAAGUACAUUUCGCUUUAUAAGGAGGCCGAUGAGAAGGGAGCAAAGAGGAGGGCGGAGGUCAUGACGCUGUUGAAGGAAGGCAAAGAGGUUGAUGGCGAGAUGGCUGUCAAGAAGACCACCAGCAAGCCUGCUGAGAAGGCAGAAUCAUCCGAUAAUGAGGAGGAGGAGGAUGUCGAGAUGGAGGAUGCCGAGGAGCAGGAAGAGAAAAAGUCAAAGAAGGAGAAGAAGGACAAGAAGGAUAAGAAGGAUAAGAAAUCGAAAGACAAGAAGUCAAAGAAGGAGCCGGUCGUAGAGGACGACGGGGAGGAGAGUGACGGUGGAUUCUUUGAGAAGUAAAGGCCACCAACUGAAAAGUCUAUCUGUUGCCCUUGUCGGAAGAUGGGCCAUUGUUUUUGCAUAUUUGAUUGGUGCAUAGUUUAUCAUACUUCAUGCUUCCUUGUUGUAUUCGUUAUAUUGAUUUGAGAUAUCCUUUGCAUAAUGCGGAUACUUAUCAGCCGAUACUGGUCUUCCUCUCCUG